AUGUAUGAUUAUUCACUUUUCUACAAGAAGACAACUGAAUCAACAAUAUAUGUGGCAGUAUAUGUAGAUGAUGUAAUACUGAUAGGAACAAACAAGGAGGAGAUAGAGGAACUGAAGGCAUUCCUACAUAAAAGUUUCAAGAUUAAAUACUUGGGUAAGCUCCACUAUUUUCUGGGUCUCGAAAUAUUCUAUAAAGCUGAUGGAGUUGUAAUUUCACAAAGAAAGUUUGUGCUUGAUUUGCUAAAAGAGUACAACUGCAUAGAUUAUAGUAGCCUAGCCUCUCCACUUGAUCCAACGGUGAAGUCGAAAGCUAAAGAGGGGACUGCAUUAACUGAUCCCACCUAUUACAGAAAGCUGGUUGGGAAAUUGAACUUUCUCACCAACACAAGAAUAGACAUAGCCUAUAGUGUACAAUAUCUUAGCCAAUUCAUGCAAGAUCCAAGAGAACCCCACUUGAAAGCAGCCUUUCACCUGCUUAGAUACUUGAAGGGUGACCCCUCCAUGGGAAUAUUCAUGUCACAUGAUCCAAACUAUAAUGUUAGAGCCUAUUGUGAUUCUGAUUGGGCUGCUUGCCCAGACUCAAGGAAAUCAGUGAGUGGUUACUUAAUUCUAUUAGGGAACAGUCCUAUAUGUUGGAAAUCUAAGAAACAAGAGACCAUUUCAUUGUCAUCAGCAGAGGCAGAGUAUAGGGCACUAAAAAAAGUAGUAGGGGAAUUGGUGUGGCUGUGCAGAUUACUUGAAGAGCUCAAUGUGUCCUUUGGUAAACCAGUAGAAGUCUUUUGUGAUAGCCAAUCAGCUCUACAUAUAGCAAGAAAUCCUGUGUUUCAUGAGCGGACAAAACACAUAGAAGUGGAUUGUCACUUUGUCAGAAGCAAGCUACAAGAGGGACUUAUCUCACUUCAGCAUGUAGCAACAGACAAUCGGUUGGCUGAUGUCCUUACCAAGGUUCUAACAGGAGUGAAGCACUCAGCAAUUUUGAGCAAGUUGGCAGUGUACACAACAUCUCCAACUUGA